AUGAGACGUACAUCGUUCACCAUUCGUCUGUUAAAAGGUCUAUUUAUUUUAACUCUAUUUACAUUAUUAUCUCACUAUAUAACUAUAAACUACACAUCCGUAACGAGUACUUUCAAUAGUCAUAUUUCAUAUUCUAAUCGGUUUAAUUAUGUUUCUCGUCGAGCAGAAGGUUGGAAACCAAUUGGACAUACUCUGGAUGAGCAAAAUUUACUUCAUAAUAUGUCUAGUAUCGUCGCUGAAUGGUCCGAAAAUGCUAACGAUAAUAUACCUACAGUACCAUGUUUAUCAGCCGAUGGUCAUUUGUUAGUGUUGAGUGUUGCAGCAAGUCAUAUACGUUAUGGAGUAAGUCUAACUUUUAUGACAGUUUACCCAGACGAUAUGAAAGCUACUUUACCAAAACGCAUUUUAUCUCAUCCACUUUCUUCAAAUAAACAACGUUUAUGGUGUAUCUUUAGUGAUGGAUCAGUAACACCUGUAUAUACUUAUGAUUCUAAAUAUGGUAAUGAACGAAUAUCUCUUUUGGAUUGUCCACUUAGUCAAUUUGCUAUUGAUCAAUUAUGGAAAUUGAAUCAAACAAUACGAGUUUAUCUUGCAUCAACAAAUACAACAACUAAAAAAAGAAAAAUACCUAUACUUAAAGCAUUUGUAAGCGUUCCAAUAGUGUCUGUUAUUUCAUCGAAUUCUAGUCAAGAAUCGUUUACAUUAUGUACUUCACCUUUACAAAAUUCAGCUAAAUAUUUAGUUCAAUGGAUAGAAUUUCAUCGAUUAGUAGGAUUUAGCAAAUUCGUCAUAUAUAAUACAACGGAUACCAAUAAUCAUCUCUCAACUAUUAUUAAUAUCUAUACUCAAAAAUAUCCUGGUCUUGUUGAUGUUGUACAAUGGAAUUUUCAUACUCUCGGUCUUGUCGAUGUUUUCCCAGGACGAUAUUUUCAAGUAGAAGCAUUACACGAUUGUCUAAUUCGUUAUGGUGAUCAAACAGAAUGGUUAGGUAUGUUCGAUCUUGAUGAAUAUAUUGUACCAUUACAUCCAUAUCAAACAAUUGUUGAUUAUGUAUAUGAAAAUUUUGGUCGACGAAUUAUAGGAUCAAUUAGUUUUCGGAGUCUAUUUUUUUGUAGUAAAAAUUCUAGUGAAUAUACUUCUGAAGAGAAAGAUACAAGACGUUUAACUAUCGAACGAUUUAUUUUUCGUGCGCCCCAUGAAUAUAAAAAAGGACGUAAAAAGUAUUUGUAUCGACCACGUUUUGUUCAAUAUUUAUCAAUUCAUAAUCAAAUAAUUGGACUUUCGAAAGAAGAAUCUUCAAAGUAUCAUAUAACACUUGCUCAUUAUAUAUCGAUGAAUUAUCCACGUUUAAUGUCGGGCUGUAAUAUUAAUGAAAUCGUUCAAGAUACUAAUAUUCGUAAUCGAUU